AUGCAUAAAAACAAUUGUAGAAAUAAUACAACCUUAAGUGUACUUCUAUAUAAUGAUAUACUUCAAUAUUGGAUAUCUUUUUUUUUAAAAGAUGAAAAAGAAAAUAAAAAUCAUUCCAUACAUUUAACAUCAGAAGAAUGUUUAGAUUUAUAUAAUAUAAAACUUAAUAAUAACACAUUUUACGGACUAGCCAAAUUCGAUAAAUAUGCUUGUCCAUAUUUUUGUGCUAAUAAUAUAUGUAUAAGAAAUAAUCAUAAUAGUGAAUAUUUUGGUUUAUUUAGAAAAAGAGAAUUAACAGGAUAUGGGAAAAUAAAAUCAAAAGGGGUUUUAUUAUAUAAAGGAUAUAUAUAUAAGGGUAAAAAAAAUAAAGUAGGAAAAUAUAUUUUUAGGAAUAAAAAGAGUUCAAAGAUUAUAUAUAAAGGGUCCUGGAAAAAUAAUAAAAGACAUGGAUAUGGUCAAAUAAAACUAUAUAAUAAUAAUAAAAAAAAAAAAAAAAAUAAAUAUAUUUAUUUAUAUAAAGGAUAUUUUAAAUAUAAUCAAAGAUAUUUUUAUGGUAUUCAAUUUUUUAAGGAUAGUUCAUAUUAUAUUGGUUUUUGGAAAAAAAAUAAAAAAUGGGGAUAUGGAAAAAUGACAUGGAUAAUAAAAAAAAAAUAUCAAAUAAAUCACAAAAUAAAUUAUAACAAUUUUAAUCAUAAAAAGAUAAUGGACAAUCAAAAUAAUAAAACAAAAAACAUCAAUAAUAAUAUUUAUAGUUAUAAAAAUGACAACAAUUUAUAUAAUAAGAAAAAAUCUUUUUUCUUUAUACAUAGUAUUUAUAUAGGACAAUGGAAAAAUGAUAAACAGGAAGGAUAUGGGAAAUUUUUCUGGUUUAAGAAAAGAAAAAAAAAAAAAAAAAAAAAUAUAAAAAAAAAUAUAAAUAUAAAUAAAAAAAAAAAUAACAUUAAAUCGAUGGAAGAAUAUAUAAAUAUAAAUACAUAUAAUUAUAAAGAUAUAUAUAGAAAUAAUAUUAUUUAUCAUACUGAUUCUUAUAAUAGUUAUGAAGGCUACUGGAUAAAAGGAAAACGUUUUGGAUAUGGUAUUUUUAAUUAUUAUAAUGGUAAGAAAUAUAUAGGCAUGUGGAAAAAUAAUAAAAAAGAUGGAUAUGGAUAUUUAAUUAAUAUCAAUAAUAUUAUUAAUAUAUGUUUUUAUAAACAAAAUAAAUUAAUAUAUGAAUUCUCAAUAAAUAAAAUUUAUCAAAUAAAUAAUUUAUAUAAUAAUACAUUAUGUAAUGUAAUUAAUCUUUCUUUUUUUAAAAAAUAUUAUAAUUUAAAAAAUAAAAAGUUGCAAAAUCUAUACAAAAUUAUAUAUGAUAAUUUCACUUUUCUUAUUGAUAUAUAUAACUUUUAUAAAGACAAAAAAAAAAAAUAUAUCAAAUCAAAUACUACUAUAUAUAAUAAUAUGUAUCAUAAUUCUUUUACACUACAAAAUUUAUGGAGUAUGUUUUUUAAUUCUUAUAUAUUUGAUAUGAACUUCUUUCGAUAUAAUCUAGAUAAUCUAGUCAUAGAUAAUUUAUCUUACAUUGAUCAGAGGGAAAAAAAUUAUUUUCUUGAAAAAAGUGAGCAACCUACGGAACAUAUUUCUCCUUUUUUAUAUAAUGAAAGGGAUUUUAUUAAAAAAUUGUUCACACCCUUUGAUUAUUUGAAAAAUAUUUCAACAAAUAAAAAUGGUCACACAAAAGAAAAUAUAAAUGAAGAUAUAAAUGAAUAUGUAGGACGUGAAAGUGAAACGUUAAUACAUAAAGACAAUAUAACAACUAUGAAUACUCCUAAUAAUGUUUCUAUUGAUAAUAAUACUUCAAAUACAAAUAUAAUAUGUCAUAGUUGUAAAAAUAUAAAAACACAUUUAUUAUCAUCUAAUAAUGAAAUACAAAGUAUGUAUUCACCAUACUACUUUUCUUCUCCUUAUCAAUAUUUUAUUUUUAAUAUGGAUUUAUGUUUAUUAAAAGAUUGCACAGACUUUUAUAAAUAUCACUGGAAACAUUCCUUUUAUAAACAAGCUAAUUAUAUUUUAUUAAAAAAUAUACUUUUCUUUAUUGUAAAAAAUAAUAAUAUACAAAAAGAAAAUAUAUAUUUUUUUUUAUAUUAUGUUUUGUCUAGUAUGCUCAUUACAACUAUUCCUUUAUAUUAUCCUUUAAUAGAUAUAUUAUGUAAAUAUGAAGAUGAUAAGAAAAGAUUCAAAGAUUAUAAUUUAUAUAAAUAUUUAUUUGUUCAUAUGAAUUAUAAACAAUGUCAUCAUAAUAAUAUACAUUUUAUGUCACAUAUGAAAAAAAUUACAGAUUAUAUAUUUUUAAGAAAAUAUUUUAUACAUGAUGAAAAAAGAAUAAUAACUUUUAAUUCAUUCAUUCUUACACUUGUUCAUAUAGAUAUAAGAAUAGGAGAUCAUAAUAAAUGUGAACAUAAAAAUUUAUAUCACUUGAUUCAAUUCUUAAAAGAGCAUUCAACUUGGAAAAAAGAUAAACAAAAUGAUAAACAAAAUGAUAAAAAAAAUGAUAAAAAAGAUAUAAUACAACAAAUUAAAAACAAAAGGAAUUUUCAUUUUUCUACCUUUAGAUAUAUUAUAAAUAAAAAAAAGUAUUAUAAUAAUAAAACAAGUUAUCAUUAUAAAGAAAAAGAAAUCGAUGGAAUAACAUAUAUAAUAAAUAUUAACAAAAAUAAUAAAAUAAAUAAAAAAAAUAAAAAAAAUACUACAAAUGUUAAGAAAUAUAAACAUUUGAAAAAUAAUAAUAUUAAUAAUAUUCAUAUCUGGAAUCAUUUCUUUCCUAUAUAUUAUCAUAAUAACAUAUUAUAUAAAUUCUGUCCAAAAAACAAAAAAAAUAAUACAAAAAAUAAUGCAAAAAAAAAUGGAAAAAAAAAUUGUAAAUUCUGUUUAAAAAGAAUAAAAUUUUAUUUGAAAAAUGAAAAUUUAUAUGAUCAAGAAUUAAGAAAUAUACUGGAAAAUUUUGUCUAUUACUACAUUUUUUUUUUUUUGAUUUUUAAAAAAAACGAAAAAAAAAAUAUCUCAAUCUUUUCAAUGAAAUUAAAUCUAUCCAUAAAAUUAAAAAAUAUUUUAAAAUUUUUAUUUCACCUUAAUAUAAUCACAAAAUAUUAUAACAAGUAUAAAAUGAAUUGUGUUAAUUUGUCUUCUUUAAAAAAAAAAAAAUAUACAACAAAGAUAAAAUAUAAUCAUAUAUAUAAUAACCCUUCUUAUGAUAUAAUAUUUCAAAGGGAUACUCAUGAAAAUAAUAAAAAUACAAAAAUAUUAUCAUCAUCAUUAGUAUUAAAUGUUGAAGAUAAUAAUAAUAUCGAAAUAGAAAAAGAACAAAUUAUAUUAAAUAAUAAAGGAAAAAUAUAUAAUGAGCAUAUAGAUAAUACAUGCCAUAUAAAUGAUUACAAGUGUGAAGAAAUUAAUCGAUCUCCUAUAAAUACUUAUGAAAAAAAUGACCAUAAUAUAUAUACUAUUAAGAAAAAACAUUCUACAAACACAAAUUAUUUUAAUCACAAAGUUGUAAAGAUAAUACAAAAAAUAUCGGGUCAAUUUUGUUUAUCCUUUUUUGAAGUUCUAUCCAUGUUUUCUAAAAUUUUGAUCCCUCAAAGGAUACAUUUAAUAAAGGAACCUCUUAUAGAAAUUUAUUUAAAAAGAUUGAAAACAAAAAAGAAACUCAUGAAAAUCAGGAAAAUACAAAAAUUUGUGAUAAAAAAUAAUAUAUUACACUAUUAUAUGAUAUUAAAAAAAGAAAAAAAAAAAUAUACAAAUCAAUAUUAUAAAUGUACAAACAAAAAAUAUAUAUGUUAUAAUAACAAAAUGGUACUUAAUAAAUUAAUAAAUAUAUUAAAUGAAAAAGAGAAAGAAUUAUUUAGUCAUCAAAUAAAUGAGCAACAUUCUACUCUUCAAAAUGAAUCCCAAAAUGUGAAGAAACAAAUUAUUCCUUCUACACAUGAUGAUAUGUCAUCAAUAAAAAAAAAAAAAAAGAAAAAGGAAAAAAAUACUGUUACUAAUAUAAAUAAUUCAAAUGUUAAUAAACAAAUCAACCCAAAUGAUAUACACAAUAAAGAUACAUAUAAUAAAUUAAAAACCAAUAAAAAUUUAAAUGCCAAUCUUUUAUAUCUUCCAAAAAAUCAAUAUAUGAAAAGCCCAAUUUAUUGUUUUAGAAAAUAUGUAUUUUCACAUAAAAAUUAUAUGAACAUUUUAGAUUUUUAUAAUAUCUAUGUCACACCAUAUGAAUUCAUCACAUUCUUUUUAAAAUUCGUUCAAAAAAUUAAAAAGAAGAAGAAAAUACAAGCACCAUACAAUGAAGUGCUUUUCUUUUUUAUAUUUCAUGUUUUGAUUUAUAAGUCCUUCCAGUUGAUUAAAAAAAAUAAGAAAAAGUAUAAUGUUAAUGAUUAA